ACGAAACUUACAGAACUAGAAUCUCACGCCAAGGAUAGUAAGAGGUCGUUCGUAUCUCACUGGGCUGCGCCGGUUGUGGUUAUGCAACCACGGUAAGACUAUGCCUGUAUUGUCGAUAGUGUGCUGGAUUCUCAGGGUUGCUUGAAGAAGCUUGGCAUAGUAAUAUUAUCUUGCCCCGAAGCGACGAGAUGAUGGCUUUCCCCCCUCUCUUCUCUCUUUGUAACUCGUUCUGAAUUGAUAGAAUCAUUGCUGUAACUGCGGUAUUCGAGGGCUUGUGUUUGACAGCUUCUUUGGUUUAUCGGGCUUGUUUCUGUUGCUUAGUUGCGCCGCAUUGCAACAUAUUACAACAUCCUCGUUAACGAUCACGCCAUCCACAAGUCGGGACAGAAUAGCAUCCCCGGUAACAACCCCUCCAACUCGGGACAUCGCAACUUUCUCGUGAGAAAUCACGUCAUCUGCCAAUCGGGAUAGGACAGCAUGGAGAAGUCCAAACCCCAAAGCUCAGGCGAAGGCCUUAAAGUCAUCCAUGCUAGCUUGUUUCGCAUGGCCACCAAGUCGAUGGCAGAGGCUUACACCAUCCUUGGCUACAAUGUCAAUCACGCACUCCUACAAAGCACGAUGGAGACCAAGUGGAACCUGAUAGAGGAAGCCGCCGAAGCGACUUGGCCGAAAGUGCCAGGCGCCAAACCGCGACCGCCUUUCACGAGGGAGGACUGGGACGAGCUCUGGGGAUCAGAGUACGACGUCGUAACAGACCUCGCCUCGUGCUUCACCAUCGAGCUCAUCAAAGCCUACCCAGACGCCAAAGUGGUCAUCGUGCAGCGGGAUUUCGACGGCUGGUGGAAGAGCUUCACGACGAGUCUCAAAGACCGCGUCUUCGCACCGGUCAGGUCUUUCAUCAUCGGCUUCAUCACCUCGACGUUCCUGGGGAUCCGCCCCAACCAAUCCAUGAAGAAGGUCCUCCUCGGCUUCUUCGACGCGAAAACUGGCAAUCAGAUCGAUAAGGUUUGCGGUAGAAAAGCCUACGAUGAGUUCUUCCGGACCAUUCGGGAGAUUGUCCCCCCUGAGAACAGGCUGGAGUAUAAGGUUGGCGACGGAUGGGAGCCCCUCUGCAAGUUCCUUGAAGCUCCAGUUCCGAAAAACACGCCGUUCCCACGAAGUAAUGACGCCGCUGCGCUCCGCAAGGAGGCCAAUGUUAGAUACAGGGAGUUUGCCGUAGGCACCGUGAAGGUCAUCGCUGGCAGCGUGGUUGGGAAGGUGCUCGCCGGAGCGGCUUGCGGGUGGGUGGCAUAUCAGUGGCUUCAGAUCUGAAUGUAUGUAGUCGUUUUCAAGUAUAUAAACUGCUAUAGAAACCGUAUAUAUCAAGUACAUUGCUCUA